UUUAAAAACAGGAAGCAGGAAAGAAACCGGAAGCACGUGUCUAUGACGUCUGCUUAGGAAAAACAAAAACAAAAACAAACCGUUCGUCUCGUCACGUCGUCGCUGUCUCGUGUCUCCGUUUGUCCGGUUCACGUGUUGAAAUCACCGCGACGAUUCAUGGUCUUCGUCCGCGGCCCGGUGGAGCUGUAGGUGACCGGGGACGGCAGCCAUGGCUCAGCAGAGAGGAGUCAACAGUCUGCAGUUCAACCAGGACCAGAGUUGUUUCUGCUGUGCGAUGGAGACGGGCGUCAGGAUUUAUAACGUGGAGCCUCUGAUGGAGAAAGGUCACCUGGACCACGAGCAGAUCGGCAGCGUGGCCCUCAGCUCCAUGCUGCACCGCUCCAACCUGCUGGCCGUCGUCGGGGGAGGAGUCAACCCCAAGUUCUCCGAGAUAUCUGUUCUGAUCUGGGAUGACGCCCGAGAGUCACGUGACCCCAAAGACAAGCUGGUCCUGGAGUUCACCUUCACCAAACCCGUCCUGGCCGUUCGCAUGAGGCACGACAAGAUCAUCAUCGUGUUGAAGAACAGGAUCUACGUGUACAGUUUCCCAGACAACCCCGUCAAACUCUUUGAGUUCGACACCAGAGACAAUCCCAAAGGUCUGUGUGAUCUGUGUCCCAGUCUGGAGAAACAGCUGCUGGUGUUUCCGGGUCACAAGUGCGGCAGCCUGCAGCUGGUCGAUUUGUCCAAUACCAAACCCGGGACGUCGUCUGCCCCGUUCACCAUCAACGCCCACCAGAGCGAGAUCGCCUGCGUGGCCCUGAACCAGCCAGGCAGCGUGGCGGCGUCGGCCUCUCGUAAGGGAACGCUCAUUCGCCUGUUCGACACCACCACCAGGGACAAGCUGGUGGAGCUGCGCCGAGGGACCGACCCGGCCACGCUCUACUGCAUCAACUUCAGCCACGACUCGUCGUUCCUAUGCGCCUCCAGCGACAAAGGCACUGUCCACAUCUUCGCGCUGAAAGACACAAAGCUGAACCGCCGCUCCGCCCUGGCCCGUGUGGGGAAGGUGGGCCCUGUGAUCGGUCAGUACGUGGACAGUCAGUGGUCGUUGGCGAGCUUCACCGUCCCGGCCGAGUGCGCCUGCAUCUGCGCAUUUGGGAAGAACACGUCCAAGAACGUCAACUCGGUCAUCGCGAUCUGCGUGGACGGGACCUUCCACAAGUACGUGUUCACGCCCGACGGAAACUGCAACCGCGAGGCGUUCGACGUGUAUCUGGACAUUUGUGACGACGACGACUUCUGAGGCCGAAGACAGGAAACAGUUUAAAGAUGACGAACGAGAGCGAUGGACAGAGUUCAUUGUUAUUGUCCCGCCGUGGAGACACAAGUUUUGUGUUUGUAAUCAGUUGUAAUCGACAGAAUGUAGCCAUGUGAAUAUAAAUACAGUUUUAUAUCAGAA